CGUAGCGAAGUUUAAAACUCGAAUUUCAAGGUCAAAGUCGGGUUCAAUCCAGUCCGGGUGUUGAGUGAAGAAAUUAUUUAGUCUUUCGUUGAAUUUCAUGGCCAGUGUUAUCGGAAGACAACCAAUGGCUCUCUUCCGGUCCCUGGUUUUCCGCACAGUGCCACAGAGUCAUUCUGCUGUAGCCCUCUCCCAUGGCACUUUCCGUCCCACCUCUGCCCGGUGCCUUAGUAGUGCCAAGGAAAUCCCGGGGCCAAAGGCACUUCCCAUAGCGGGUGUUUUGUUCUCCAUGUUAUCGGAUAAAGAUUUUGACAAGAAUAAUAUCCAUGUAUAUUUCAAGAAGCUUUUCAAGACGUAUGGCCCGAUUGUCAAGCUGCAGUUUCCGGGAAAACCAACCUUGGUCAUUCUCAACGACCCGGAAGACAUGAAGUGGGUCCAUCACUGCACAAGGGACAGUCCUGUGAGAAGCGGCUUCGAUUCUCUUAAGAAGGCCCGCUAUUUGGACGAUUAUUAUGAAAAAGGGGGUAUAACUAUUGAAAACGGAGAGGAGUGGUGGCGCGUGAGGAAGAGGGUCCAGAUACCUAUAAUGAGGUUUAGCAAUAUCAGGCAAUAUGUGGCAGACAUGGAUGGUGUUGCUUUUGACAUUCUUGACAGAAUUUCCAAAGAGAGGAACGAAGAGGGCGAGUUGACUUCCGAUCUCAAGGAUUUGAUGAAUAGAUUAGCACUUGAGAGUGUUUGUCUAAUUUCUCUCAACAGGCGACUAGGCAGCUUGGAUCCGAAUCUCCCCCACGACUCAGAGCAGAUGAAAUUCUACAGAGCUGCCCUAGAUCUCUUGAGAUGUAUUUUUGAGUGUGACGAAAAUCCCAUGUGGAAAAUUUACCCAAACAAAGCUUUCAAGACAUUACGAGAGUCUUUGAAUAUACUGACAGAAGUGUGCGACAAGACACUGUGGGAAUACAAAGAGGGGCUGAAAGAGAGGAACGAGAGAGACCCAGAUUGUAGCCACAGAAUGAUUGAACAACUGUUGCUGGAUCAAGAACUCUCGCACAAGGACAUUGUCACCUUCAUGAUGGACCUCAUACCUGGCGGAACAGAGACGACAGCCAGUGCCAGCAUAGUGCUUUUAUAUCUCCUGGCCAAAUACCCAGAAGUUCAAGCCAAAGCCCAAGAGGAAGUUGAUCAUGUGCUUGGAAAGGACCGAACCCCAAUCACUGCCAAGCAAGUGAAUCAAUUGUCUUAUAUCAGAGCAACAUUGAAAGAAAGCUUUAGAUUGUUACCACCUGCUCUGGGUACAAGUAGGUUACUACAGAAAGAUAUAAAAGUCAGGGGAUAUACACUUCAUAAAGGGUGGGAUUGUCUAAUGACGAGUGCUGUCUCUGCCCUGGAUGAGUCACAAUUCGCUCAGCCACAAGACUUUGUCCCUGAUCGCUGGCUGCAGCAUCGUCCCCUAGGCCAGAUCCAUCCUUAUGCCUCACUCCCAUUUUCACACGGAAAGCGCAAGUGCAUUGGUAUUCGCAUUGCGGAACAGAUUAUGUCUAUUUUCAUAGCAAGGGUUCUCCAACGCUACAACCUUGCGUGGAGAGGCGAGGACCUCCACAGAACACAUAUCCAAGUAUUUCAGCCUGUGGCACCAUUUUCCCUCUCAUUUACAGAUCGUAAUUAGGUUAACAAAUAAGGCUUUGUAUCCCUGAAAGUGGUUAUUAUUUUACCAAAAUAGAAUUAUGGGAUCCUGAAUUCCACCCAGUGCUUAACCUGAAGUUGAGAAUCAUUUUUUUGAUUUUCAUACCAAACAAUACAAAGAAUCUGUUUUAGAAAUUUUAACAAAACUCAUGUUGUAACAUUCUUGUUGCAUUAUAUUGAAAUGUAAUAUUUUCAUGUAAGUUAUAAAAAAUGCAAAGGACCAUCAUUCUCCUUUUGAAAUAAAGAUUAUCACUUUUAUGAAAGAAAUUCCAAGAAAAGUCACUUUCAUCUGGAACACAAAGGAUUAAUUAUUACUGAAAAUAUAAUUCAAAUUAUUGGAUAAAAAAAAAUGAGGCAAUAUUUUUUGGUCAUGUGAUCCUGUUAUCAGACAUACUUUGUAUUAUACUGGUCUUGUAUAUUAUUUUGCAUUUUUUUUUUUUUUCUACUAUUUAAUGUAAUGUGUGAGCUACAUGUGUCUAUCUAAAUAUGUCUUCCAUUGUCCCAGAAGGUGAAUAAAUGUGUAAACUAG